GAAAUGGGACGCGGAGGCCAAACAGCUAGAACAGAAAUCACGACAAGAUCUUUUCCUCAAAAAUGGCAGAGACUGCAGCGACAACCUCUGCCCUACGACUGCCACUGGUUCCCACCCCACCACCCGCAAGUGCCGACAAACCAAACGGCGUAACACAAGACUCAGCGCUUAAGAAGAAAAAGAAGCUUCUUAACGGCGCCAACAUACGGUUCACUUUCCCCAGUGGUGCAACUUACGAAGGCGGCUUCAAGGAUGGGAAGAUUGAAGGGUAUGGCGUUUAUACGUACGCUCAGACAGGAGACGUUUACGCCGGUGAAUGGAAAGCCGAUCUGAAGCACGGACAGGGCUCGUACAAGUUUGCCAACGGCGACCGCUAUAUCGGGCAGUGGUACAUGGGAAACAAACAUGGGAAAGGGCAGUUUGCCUUUGCUAACGGUGACGAGUACGUUGGCUCCUGGCGAGAUAACCAGAUGAACGGCUACGGCAUUUUCCACCUCGAAGAAAACGAUGACCGCUACGAAGGAUACUGGAAAGGCGGCCUGCGUCAGGGCAAAGGCGUUCUGCGCCAUGGCAACGGCGACUUAUACGACGGCGAAUGGGAUGCUGGCCGCGAGUGCGGCCUUGGAGUUUUCUGUCAAUCCAACGGCGACCUCUACUGUGGUGAGUGGAAGGACGGCGAGAUGGACGGCAAAGGCGUUCUGCGCGAGAAGGGGAUUGUGUUUCUCGUGGAGUACGUUGGUGGCUACCUGAUUUCCAAGCUGAAACUCACCGAGGCGACCGACGAGCUCGAGGAAGGAUGGUCUGCCGUUUACAACCAUUUCCUGAAGUGGCUUGACGAAAGGGAGACCGUGAGCGACCCUGAGAAAGGCCCAGCUGCUGCUGACAAAAUGAAAGAUGAGCUGGAGGCCGCUCACGCAGAAAACAGCGUUUUGCGCAAACGCCUCGAAGGAGUCAUGCAGCUACUCCAAUCAAAGACACACCAUUCGGACGAAAGAAUCGAGAGCUCUUCUACAACACCUUCUCCCUCCGCAGAAACUGUAGCCGCUGCAUACUUCCGUGACAAUCUGCAAAGGGCAGAAGCGAAAGUCAAGUUACUGGAGUGCACGCUUGCGGAGCGCGCGAUGGAAAUUCGGAAACUUUCGGAUCUCGUGAGCAGCAGUGAGGCAAAGAUCAAAGAGCUCGAAAUUGGAAGAGCAAAUCGCAAAUCAGUCGCAUACCGCAGCAAAGGCAAGAUGCCAGUUGCUAAUAGCAAGCUGAAAGAUCACACGCCUGAAGCCACCGAUGCUGCUUCCGACUCGGAGCAAGACACAGAUGACGAGAUUUCGCAGCUGAAAAUGCAAAACACACUGUUGCUUCAGCUUAACGACGACCUGCAGCGUAAAGUGACUUUCCUGUCGGCUGUAAACUCGCGCCUCGACGUGAAACGUGAAGCAGCAGAAGAGCAAUAUGAAAAGCUAUCGGAAGAACUUGCGGAGCUCCGCACAAGAAAGGAAUCGAUCGCUUCGUCAACUGCUGCUUCAUCUACGAAAGUAAGCAGAAAUCCAUCCCAGUUACUUUCCCACGAUCAGGAGUCACCUGUUGCUCUCUCUAUCGAGUCAACAGCCAGCAUGGGUGUCGACGAGUUGCAAAAGCGUCUCGUCCAGUCGAACCAGCUAAAUAUUGAGCUGCGGAUAAAGAACGGUGAGCUGCAACAGAAACUCGACCGCGAAGCAAUCAAGACAGAUACUGCUGCAUACGAGACAGCGGUUCGUGAUCUCACAAAAGAAAACGAGACUUUUCGCUCCGUGAUUUCAAAGCUGAAGCAGCAGGUUGCGCUUUUGCAAAGCACCUCUGAAGAUGUCGAGCAACGUCUCUUUGUUUCAACGCAGCAAGGGGCAGAGCUAGAAGCAGCCAUAAAAACGAUGUCGAAGGAGAAGUCGGCGGAUCCGCAGCUUCUGCGAGUCCUUGAAGCCAAAUCUGAUCAAAUUGAGAAGCUGCAGCUUGAAAACGCUGAACUUGCGCGACUUUUAGACGAAAAGCAGAUUCACAUCAGUGAUGGAGAGACGACUUUGGACAAACAAAAGCAGCAGAUGAGCGCCGAGUCAGCCAUUCUUGACGAUGAUCGUGGUGAGCAGGACAACCUACGUAAAGAGGUGAAAAAACUGCAAAAGCGCGUCAAGAAAGUCACCGCUGAACGCAACGCGAUUGCGGAGCAAUUCUAUGAUUCGCAGAUUCACCUGGCGCGCACCCACCGUGCUCUCGGAUCGAUGCAUGGCCAGAUCAUCAUUUUCGCCUCUUUGUUUGACAUGGAGACCGGCAACAGAGCGGAUGUUGAAUCUGUGCUGCGAAUCGAUGACAAAGACCCGUCGAGGAUGGUCUUAAGCGACUGCGGCGAGGAAGUCGCAUACAAGUUCGACUACUGCUUUGGCAAGGACGCAACAGCCCCACAAAUUUUGAGCGAGGUGCGCGACGCACUGAGCUAUGUGUGGUGCGGAUUCCAGUUUGGCCUUAUCACGGUAGGCGAAUUCCGCUCAGGCAAGACGACGCUCGUCACACAACUUUUCCCUCUUCUCGUGCAGUGCCUCUUGCGAGCUGCAGAAGAAGACACGCACUUUUCACGUUUCAGCUACACCUACCGAGUUGCCAUGGUGGAGGUCUCGGCAUGUGGUGGUUACGACUGUGCAGCAGAGAGAGCCGUUACUGAAAUUUGCCGCGACUCGAACGGCUACGUGCAUCCCAAAAAUGUCCGCUUCUUUGAUUGCACCAGUGUCAGUAUUUCAGCCAUCGUCGGGAACCUUCUCUCGAAACGCCGACAGCACUACAACGGCAGGUCACACACGUGGAUCCAGCUGCAGUGUGUUCGCACAGGACUUGCGCAGCAAUCCCAAACUGUCGGACGACUCACACUUUUUGACUGGUGUGGCCCUGGCCCUCUUUCGUUGCAGAAAACUGAUAUCGAGAGUGCACGGUUUGCAAACGCUUCUAGUCAGGCGCUGAAAGAUCUUUCCGAGGCCCUGUCAGCAGAAAGUGUUAGCGUGCCCUAUACAAGAUCGCUGGAAACGGCGCUGCUCUUCGACUUAUUGGGUGGCAAUUCCAUCACCGCUGUGAUUGGCAGGCUUCGCGCUGCACCUGAUCACAUCGAAGAAAGUAUGAGGACACUCGGCGUGCUCUCAUCACUGUUUGGCGCGCGGAGCGGCCCGUUGUUCCAGGAUAAUCAAACGCAUGACGAGAUCCGAUGGCGAGGAUUAGUUGGAGCCUUCAGCUCAGACGACGAGGCCGAGCGAGAGCUAAAAGCUGUGGAGAACACGAGAGAAUUCUGA